ACGGACCUCGACAGGAAGCGCAAAGCAUUCUGGGACUUUUAGUUCUCAGCGGAGGACGGUUGGCUUGAUAACACCGCGAAGAACCAAACAAGACAUUUACCACCGAAAAUAAAACAUCAGCAACGAAUUUAGCAUAAGUACACGCUCUGCAUACUUCGAGUCCGGAUAAAUGCAGGUGGAUUCAGUCGUCGUAAGAAGAAAUGCGCCUCACUUUUGGUGGAAAAUAAACAGGAAGUUGUUAGCGUUGUGGGACGUGUAGUUCCGCUUGUAGGCCACUGAGCUUGAUUACAACGCGUAGAAUAAAGAAACAACAAUUAAAUAACCUAAACUUCAUCCUAAAACCGUGCAUUUAGCCUCGGUGUUGUAGUAAACAUGCCCGGUUUCACGUGCUGUGUCCCUGGCUGCUACAACAACUCGCACCGGGACCGGGACCUGCGCUUCUACACAUUUCCCAAAGACAGCACACUGAGGGAGCAGUGGCUGAGGAACAUCUCCCGGGCCGGGGUCAGCGGCUGCUUCAGCACCUUCCAGCCCACCACAGGACACCGAGUCUGCAGCGUGCAUUUCGCCGGCGGGAGGAAGACCUACACCAUCCGAGUACCUUCCCUCUUCCCUCUGCGGGGGGUCAAUGAGCGCAGGAGUCGGCGGGGCAGAGGUAGGAAAGUGUCAGCGUCGGUUCCUGCCGCCGCCGCUGCAGCGACCUCCGGGAUUGUGCACAGCAGUGUCCUGGGCAACACGGCUGCAGAGGGAGCUGAGGGCAAUGCCGGCGGCGAGGCGAGCGAUGACAGCACCAUCACCGUGGUUCAGAUAGGCCAAAACGGGGAGUACCUGGGCACGGCGCGACUGCCUGCCCAGUCAGAGGGGACUUGUUACGCCGCACCGGUCAGUAACACCGACGAGUUUAUCGCUGACGACUCAUCGGGCGAAACUGUGCACCAGGCGGCCGUGCAGUACGUCAGUGUUACCAGCAGCCCGCUGGACCACUCGUACUCGCUGACCACCGGCACCACGUCGGCCGAGCUGCUGCGGAAACUGAACGAGCAGCGGGACAUCAUCGCACUGAUGGAGGUGAAGAUGAAGGAGAUGAAGGCGACCAUCCGCCAGCUCCGGGUCGCUGAGGCCAAGUUGCAGGAGGAGGUGCGGGAGCGGGACCGGAUGCUGUACGGAAACUCGGUGGCUUUUAACGUCCGGAAGAAAAUUUGAUGUGUGAACAUCACCGGAGACGACCCGUUACAGAGACAGACUAACGGAGACGACACCGAGGGGGUUAAAGAGAUCCAGCCCUAUUUUGUAUAAAACUACGAGCGAUGACAAUUUAUUUUCAACAAGUAGAGCUGAUUUUUCAUAGGCCUGAGGUAAAAAAGUUGUCUGGCUAGUUCAUGUAGCUUAUGUUAAUAACACCUUCGUUAAUUACUUAGAAACAUGCACGGUCACUAUUGGCCUGUGGCCCAACCAGGGUCAAUAAUACACAUUUGAUUAAUUCAAGCAGACUCAUAGCGUGCACAGACUGACAAGUUAGGCAGGCUUUUACAUUUAUAAUGGAAGAGGAAGUUGCUCAAAACUGCCUAGUUACAUAGAAAGUUUUUCUUUUAAAGAUUUCUCUUACAAUGUUUUUAUUUCCUUACUGAAUUUAAAGUCUUAUAAUAGAUUAGCAGAGAUGAAGCAUCAAUAACAAAACACUAUUCUUUGCACACUAAGGUGUUAAAAUAAUAAUAAAUAAUAAAACUACCAUGAAUUUAUCUGGGUUGCUUUUAAAGGUAGUACGUUUUCCUAUAAUUGUUGUUGCUAUAAGACAUUUGAGCAACAGAAAACAGACUUAAAGGAAUUCAUUAAAACUUGAAGGGCAUUCAAAUUAAGUAACCUUAAUAGAUUAUGUUUUCUGAAGACAUGCAUUAAGUUACAUUUGCGCAACCUUUUUGUUUUUAGGAAAUCUUAAGAGAAGUAAAAAGAAAAACAUUUUCUCUAGCUACUUUAUGCAACAUGAACACGUGUUUGUCUGCCCCCGAGGUUAUUCUAUGAAGCAGACCUGCUUGUUUUAGUGUGAUUCAUGUGUGCUAUGUUUCUCCAUACAGAAGUUUAGUGGCUGCGUUUCUCUGUCCUGUCAUGAGUGUUUUAUGCACAGGAUGUUGCAUACAUUUCAGAUUUUUGAACUUGGUCUGACAGCUAUAUGCUACUAUCAUUUUGAAGUAAAUUUCUUUUUGAAAUAGUUUUGAUUCACGCUGAAUAAUUUCCCGAUUUCAUGAAAUGUGUCCUGAUUUUGUCCCGGCAGUGUCACAGUAACAAAGUUGUUGGUUUAACCUUCAAGUUGAGAAAGUAUUUUUUAACUCAACCCACCUGGGUUGCAGUCACCUGUUUUUCUUUUCCGUGGUACUAAGUUGUCGAAAAAGUAAAACAAUUUGCAUCAUAUCUGAUAAAUCCUCAAUCAUAAAGACUUGGGAUGGGAACGAAACAAGAACUCAAAACAUCUGAUCUCAACGUUGCUGGCCUCUUUUCUAGACCGGCUGGGUGCUUAAAACCUCAGUCGACAUUAACUCUGAAGGUUAAGAGAGCGUCCCGGUGAAGAUGUUUCCUUAUUAAGAUGAAUGUGAUGGAUCUGAUGAAGUGUGUUUCUUCUGAACCAUUUUGGAAAAAUAAAUUGUACUUGAAGUUACUACAAGAAAAAGGCAGGUUACUCCUGUUCAGGUUUUAGUGAGGAUUGUUAUCUUUAUUAUGGAUUCAUGCAGGGGUUAUUAUAGCAGAUUAAUUAAUGAAUGAAUUGCUUGGGCCAUAAAAUAACCAAAAAAUGGUUGUUACAAGCUACCAGAAGAUAAAAAUACAUCCUCAGAUUGCUUCUUUUGGUCGACAGUGGGAUAGUUUUUAAAGAAUCAAAUUGGAGAAACAAUAUCCAGCAAGAGAUUAGAAAUAUUUACUUUAAUAAAUCACAUAUGACAGUUAA